UUGACGCGCCAGGUGGAGGCGCUGGGCUUGGCGACCGGGCUGUCUCCCGCGCCCGGCACUUCCAGCCCCCCGCCCGCGUCCGGGGCUCCGGAUCGCGCACCUCGUCUGGGCACCGCUCGCUUCGCCAGCCACGCCACCUUCUCGCUGUCCGGCCGCAGUCAGAGUGUGGAUCAUGAAGAAAUUGGUGAGCCAAAGGCAAGACGAGCGUCAGAUUCCUGCAUUAUGGAGAAUGGACACCAGCCAGCCACAGGCCCAGGCGAGGGACCUCCAGAGUCUGCCCAGACCUCAGCACCAGAGUCCCCCAGGCCUCGUCCAGUGAGCCUCUCCUUACGGCUGCCUCACCAGCCAGUCAUGGCUGUCACCCGUGUCUCUGAGAAGUUCUCUGGGGAGACGUCGGCUGCAGCUCUGUCACCCACCUCUGCUGCCACCCUAGGUUUCAGCCCCAGUCCCAGCGAGGUCACCGCCCUCUGGACCCCCAGUCCCACUGAGAAGAAUUCCUCUUUCACACGGUCGUUGUCAAGCUCUGGGUAUGGGGCAGUGACAGCUGGCAAGCACAAGGACAGCCCUCCGUUGGUGACACCACCCCAGUCACCCCCAUCCCCGCAGCCACCAGCCAUAACUCAGACCCUUCGCUCAGGGGAGCGUCGUCGCGAGCUGGUGAGGUCUCAGACGCUGCCCCGCACCUCAGGAGCGCAGGCCCGGAAGGCACUGUUUGAAAAAUGGGAGCAGGAAACAGCUAGCAAGGGCAAAGGGGAGACCCGAGCCAAGCUGAAGCGGUCACAGAGCUUUGGCGUGGCCAGUGCCAGCAGCAUCAAGCAGAUCCUGCUUGAGUGGUGUCGCAGCAAGACUCUGGGCUACCAGCAUGUGGACCUGCAAAACUUCUCCUCCAGCUGGAGUGACGGGAUGGCCUUCUGCGCCCUGGUGCACUCUUUCUUCCCCGAUGCCUUCGAUUAUAAUUCCCUGAGCCCCACGCAGCGUCAGAAGAACUUUGAGCUGGCCUUUACCAUGGCUGAGAAUCUGGCCAACUGUGAACGCCUCAUUGAAGUGGAGGACAUGAUGGUGAUGGGCCGUAAGCCAGACCCUAUGUGUGUCUUCACCUACGUCCAGUCACUGUACAAUCACCUGCGUCGCUUCGAGUGAAAGCCCAGGAGACUGUGAGGCCGCCAUACCCCCUCCCUCCAUGCCAGGAUGGCCCUCCCCCAGGAAGAAGAGCUGCUGAGGGUCUGAGCUCACUGUGGAUCCCAGGAGCCCCUCACACCAGCUGUGUUACUGAUUAAAAGUCCCACUGAUCUGAGCCGACAGUGCUGUCACAGCCAAGGGCUUGCAGGAAAAGGCAAAACUCCCAAAGAGAGACAACGGUGCUAAAUAAUGAUCUUAAGGAAAAAUGAUGUUUGCCUGUGUCGAUUCAGGAAAGCUAAGUUACUGUUUCCCUCUGGUGAUUUGAUACUUUGGCUUGACAGGGUUCCAUUGAUUACCAAGUAUUGUUGUUGUUGUUUUUAAUCAAAAUGCCCUGCGCAUUCUACGUCGUCACAUUAUUGUAGGCAGGUCCCUCUCCUCCUUCCCUCUGGG